ACAGUACCAAAAAUACGAUCUAUAGACUGACUGGAAGAUUGCUAGACAAUUCAGUUGCUGAAACAUUAGUGUUUUUGAUCGUGUAAGCUUUAAAUAUUUUCCUAACACUCGAUUAAAAUAUAAAAGUGGAAAACAAUGAACUUACACGACAUCAAAAUUGAAAUUCCCAAUCCGCCCACUGGUGAACCGGAGUCAUAUUGUCGAUUUUGCUAUUCAGCAGAAAAGUUGGUAUCAAUUUUCCCUGCUACAGGCAGUCCGCAUCAACGAAUCGUCGAUUUACUGAAGCAGUUGACGACCAUUAAGCUAAAUGUGCUAGAUGACUUCCCGUCGGCGAUUUGCAGCCAAUGCCUUUUAAAACUGGAGGAAUUUCAUCGUUUCAGGAAGCAAUGCUUAAUUUACUAUGACGAAGUCAAACGAAUGCGUUUAGGUACGAAGAUUUGUGCUUUUUUAGUUUCGGUGAAGAAUGAGGAACUGCCGGAAUCUUCCGAAGACGUUAUCGUUCGACAAGAGAUACGUGAGGGUACUGAUGCAGACCUGGAACGAGGAGAGUUAUCGAGUAUCGUUGAAAUUGAAUCGAUAAAAAUAGAGCCAGCUUCUGAGGAAGUGCCACAAGUUAAGGAACCGAUCAAUGAAACGAAACAGAUUUUCUUACCGAAAACAAAACGAACUAGACUAGUCAAGAGACAGCAAAACAAACUUGAAACUCCAGAUCAGCAAACUAAUUUAAAAAAUCGCAGAUUGCAACCCAAAGAUUACCGCUGUAGAGUAUGUUUAAAAUUCUUCAUUAACAAGCAUGAUAUAAAUAGCCAUCUUACAUGUCAUACUGAUCCCGUUAAAAACAAAUGCCUCAAUUGCUCAAAGACCUUUCGCACUAGUCAAGGAUUAAGCGUACAUAUGAUAAUGUCUUAUAUCUUGACAACAUUUUCAUGCCAACAUUGUGAUAUCCUGUUCAAAUCGAAGGAUAAACUCAUUAAGCACGAAUCCACUUGCGAACAAGAUGAAGAAAGCUGCCCAACAGUUGAAGAUUCAAGAUCACACCAAUGUGACUUUUGUCCGAAAAAGUUCGACACUGCUCGUCAACUUUAUUCACACGCGCUGUUGCAUGGAGGAAAAUUCACUUGUGAUAAAUGUGGUGCCAAUUUUCAUACUUUUGUUAACCUAAAGAACCACAAAAAACGCUAUCACGAGCAAGGAGUAGACAAAAUUUCUACAAUUGUGAAAUGUGAGCCAUGCCAACGAACAUUCGUGGAUGCCAGUGCCUAUCGGAGCCAUCAUACCAGGAUCCACCAACAAGACCGUGAUCAGCAACAGCGUAAACUAGAUGAGAACAAACCGUUCGUAUGCGAUCACUGUGGUAAGCGUUUCUGGUCCAUCAACACCAUUCGAUACCAUGUUCUUGUACAUCGCCAGUAUAGAGACUGUGACCAUUGCUCGGAAAGCUUCCGUUCGGUAAAGGAACUGAAGCAGCAUAACUUGUCAGCACAUCCAGUCAAAUGCGAAUUCUGUCCGAAGAAAUAUCCCACGAAAAAAGCCUGUCGAUCUCAUUCCAAUCGAAUGCAUGGAAUGAUACAGAUUAAAAUUUUGGAUAAAAGUGGUAGCGUAACAUAUGCGUGGCGCAAACUUGUAUUCCAAUGUGCCGCGUGCGAAAAAGAUUACGAAACUUUCAACUACCUCAAGGACCAUUACGAUAAAAUGCAUCCAGGAGCCAAAACGAACAUCAAGUGUUCCUAUUGCAAAAAGCACACCAGCUCUUCCAGGAUCGGAUAUGUGGGACAUGUGAAUGGAAACUGCGGAAAAACACCAAAAAAGCUGAAGGCGUGGCAUUGAAUCAACUGAAUCUGAUUGCGGUUGGGCGCUACCCAUAAUUUAAGAAAAACAUUGAGAGGAAGAAAAAAACAAGGGAAGUGGUGAAAAAUAUUGAAGCGCAAAGUAAUUAAUCAAUACCGCUUUUAUCGAUUGUCUAAAAUUCACAUAAUCUGGCAAAACAAUCAGUAUCAGAAACAACUUUUUCUGAUGCUCAUAGAGUUUUCGGGACUUCAAACUUAAAAGUUCAAUAUGGAUGAACUGUCGUUCAAAUUAUCUGUGGCCCCACCGUAUAUGCUUGUCUGUGCAAAAUUUUUGUUUUUAUAGUUAUUGAAUAUCACUUGAUGCCUUUUAAUAUACAUAUAUCUAUAUUUUAUAUACAAACUGCACUGAUAUCAUACCUACCAGAUUUUAGUUUAGAAUCACUUAUAGUAUAGUAGAAUAAAACCAAAAGAAAUUUUCCCUAAAACAUAUUUAAACCCUUAAAUGCGCAAUGUUGUAAAAUGUUUAAUGUUAAUGAAUUUUCAUUUUAAAAAAUUUAGAUCAAUUUUGUUUUGAUGCUACGAGUACCCACCCAACUUCCCAUGUCUUUGAGUCAUUCGGCUCCCAUCUUAAUCGUUGACCCUUUCAACUUUCGCCUUGAUCAUCGAUCCAAAUUCAAAUCUAAUCCAAACAUUUAUUUUAACCUUGUAAAUAUGCAAAUACAUAUUUGACAUAAUUGCUAAUAUUUCCUAUAUUUUUAUUUAUUUUGUUUUAUUUAAAUUUAUUUUUCAGGUUUCAGGUUCUUCACCACCGCUUAGACGAUCCCCACCAAUGUGUAUCCAAAUGAGUGUCUAGCAGGGAUGCCAGAUACAAUUUUUAAAUGUCUGUGUUAAUCUCAUUAAAAUGUCUGUAUUUGUCUGUAUGGGGCUUCAGAGGUAUACUGGAAAUAGAAAAUUACUAAAACCCAUACAUUUUUGAUAUCAACUCUUUCCCAACUCCGCCAAAAUCCCAAGCAUGGUCUGAUCGAAUCUUUCCGAAAGAAUGGCGGAAAAGCCUCGAUGUACCCAUCCACAAAAAAAAACAUUUCCUUUCGAGAUGUCACAAUGUACCGGCCUAUUUCUCUGACAAGAGGUGUCUUCAAAUCCGUGGAAAGGUUAGUAAAUCAACGGCUGUAAAGUAGAAGUCGAUAAUAGGUUCGGCUUUUGCUAACAAGCGUUCCGCCCGGAAUACGGCACGGGCACAUACUUCGCAUAUCUGGAAGAUGCACAACGCCUACAACGACGGCAAGCACGCAGAUCUAGAACAUUUCCAAGGCCUUCAUCAGGACUUCUAACAGUGGCAAGAAUGGGGAUUCUUCGGCAACCUCCUUGCUUUUGUCCGGAACUUGGUAGACUCUGACAACCAGCAAAUGCGUUCGAGGACACGUCCUCAUUCCGCUGGUUGGGUGACUAACCCAUCUCCAACAAAAAUAUUGUGGAAGUUCUCGGAGUCUCCAUUGAUUGGGGACUCUCGUUCCUUUCGCACUUCCGCGAGCUCAAAGUAAAUUGUCGGACCAGAGACAACGUGGUUCGGACCUUGUCUCAUCCUCAUCGAACCAACAACAGGAAGUCCUUCAAUUCCUACGUUCGAGCCGCCUCAGAAUUGUU